GUACGUUUAAUUGUACAAUUAAAAAUUAAUAUACAUAAAAUAUCUUAUAUAAUUAUUAUAAUAAUGAUAAUAAACAACAUCUAGGAAGAUGGUAUAUCAAAUUAAUCGCGCAUAUAAUGGAACGUAAACGUAACCUUCCCUUCCCGCACUCCUCUCUUCCCCGCACCUAUCAAUCUUUCAUUAUUUCCUCGUCCUGUGACCAAUCAAGACAAGAAAAAUCAAGAACGCUUAAAACUAUUCGUUUUCUUUUGGUGUGCUCAAAGUGUCAGUGACAAUAAACAGCUGAUCAUCAAUUCAUCAAGUUAAUUAUCAUCAAGUUGAUCAAUAAAACCGCUAGGAAUAUGAGAGCGUAACGUGGAGAACGAAGAAGAAAGAAAAUAGAAGCCAUUAAAGGUCAGUCCUUUCAAUUCAUUCUUCAUAUCCUAUCCGAGAAGUUUCUACAGUCCACUGCUCUUAAAAAACAAUUAAAAUACAUUAUUUACGCUCCAUAUUUUAUGGUCUUCGUUCGAGCCUGAUUAUGAAUUUAAAUUUCUUAAAGAUCGGAAUAUCUUGUUAGGUUAUUAACAUCACCGCGUGUAUUUGCAACAUGGCUACCGCUAGCUAAAAAGUGAAAGGUCAUUUAUUUAAUACGACCUAUACCAUCUUCCUGGACUAUUUAAAAUAUAAUAUUUAUUUAUUUUAUGUAAAUUUAUAAUUAAAUAGUUCUUAUAUAACUCACAUAUCUAUAUUAUAGUAAUUACUAGAUCUCAAACAAAGGAUUGCCAUAUAGGUACCUAUAGACAAAGGCAGUUCGUAGUGUAUUUGGUAUUGACGUAUUUACGAGUAAUACAAAGGCGUGAUAUUGUAGUUAUAUGUAUUACGAUUUUACGCUCGGUUAGAUAUUUAUGAUAUAAUAUUGGAGUAUUAUGGUAUUUACGUAUAGUAUAGUCGCGAUUCUAAAUUAACGCUACGCGAAUGUCAUACGAGUAUUAUUAUAACAUACAUACUUAAGUUACGUACCUACUUUUUAUAGCCUUGUUUUAGCAAAUGCACAUCAGAUUAGUGUUUGAAUUCUACCUUAUAUCAUAUUGUGUGUCGGAAUAAUAUGUCAUACUACGUUAGGAAACGGUUAGGUAAUUAACUUUAGCAUAUUUUUACAUAUACUAAAUUAUUUUUACCCGCGUUUUUUGCCUACACGAAUCCAUACCUACAUUUUAUAGAUUCCCACACUUGAUAGAAUUUAAAGUCAAACGCAUUUAUCACGGUUGUAUUCAUUGAGCACACCUACCCGCGUUGUAUAUUUCUAAAAGAAAUUGCAACUUUUUUAUAUUUACCGCAUUGUAGUACUUACACCGCAUUUAUAUUUAGUUCCGCGCGUUCGCGAAUUGGUUUUUUCUAUAAUUUACUAAUAAUUUCGCAUUGUUUUCGCAUUAAUCAGGGUAACUAUACCACACUUCAAUUAAAUUUCAUUUAAACUUCAUUUUAAAGGUAUUAUUAUCUUAUAAUUUGAAUUAAUUACCGCAUACAUUUAUUAUUUAACUUAUAUAAUUUAUAAUUUAAUUCUUCAAAAUGAGUAAACCAAGUGUUUCAUCUCCUGCAUCUAAAGAGCAAUUCAGAAUUAAAUUGUUGGAAAACAAAAGAGACGUUAUAUUUGCCUGUAUGCAAAAAAUGUUUGAUUCAGCGAUACAGGUAGAAUCUGAUAAUAGCAAACUAUCUUCUUUAUUACACCAAGCAUCCAACAUUGACACCUUGCGAAAGGAGUUCGAAACUAUUUUGGACUUGUAUAACGAGGCUCAAUUUAAUUUUGAUCCAAAUCAUAAUAUAAGUUAUCAGUCGUGGACCUCUUUUGAAGAUAUGCAUUGUUUUGUCAAACGUGUUAUACAUACACACUCAAACAAUAAAAAUGAAAAUUCUGAAGGUCAUAACACAAAUCAUAUUUCUAAUUUUCCUAAAUCAAAAUCUCAUCUGCCUCCCAUAGAUUUAAUGGAGUUUGACGGACAGCUAACAAGAUUCCCUUUGUUCUACCAGCAGUUUAAGAAUAUGGUUCAUGAUAACCCAAAUUUAUCAAAAACCGAAAAGGUUUUCUACUUAGUUGGUAGGUUGAAAGGCAAGGCUGCCUUAAUAUGUUCAGGGUUGCCAGCUACGGCCGAAAAUUACCCUAUUAUUUGGGAAUCUUUAAUACAGAAAUAUGACGAUCCGCGUUCAAUAGCUUGCGCAUAUUUAAAUCAAUUAUUACAAUUUAAACCGCUUACAAAUAAUAAUUCCAAUGGCUUGGAUAGUUUUAUAACUACUUUUGAUUCCUCAGUAGAGGCUCUCAAGCAGUUAAAUAUUGAUCUUACAGACUUUAUAUUUUUACAUUUGGCCACGCUUAAAUUAGAUGCAGAGACAUUGAGAAUGUUUGAGAUAAUAAACCGCAAAAAACAAAUUCCGACAUAUAAAAGUCUCAUAGAAUUUGUUAAGGAGCAAAGUAAGGCAAUUUCUCGGUCAGACAAUACGAACUUAGAAUUACAUCAAAAUAAAUCUUAUACUAAUAAGAAUAAUAGAUCACCGCCGAAACCAUCUACUAAAAGUUUCGUAACCACUAGUAAUAUAAAUAGUAAUUCAUCGUGUAAUUUGUGUAAAGGUAAUCAACAUGCUCAUCUUUAUUCUUGUCCUUCUUUUAUGAAAUUGUCACCGCAAGAACGACAUAUACAUGUUAAAAGUAAUAAUUUUUGUAAUCGAUGUUUAUCUACUCAUCAUAAAACUUUCAACUGUUCUUCGCAAUUAAAUUGCAAGAAGUGUUUAUCCGCAUUUCAUCAUACCGCUUUACACUUUAAUCAGAAAGAUAAUAACGAGUCUAAAGGAGCUGAGUAUAGAAAAAUUGAGUCAGCUUCCUGUUCCAACAUUAAUAAUGAGGAAACUCUAAAUACCGAAGAUUCUAACCAUUCAAUUUCAGUCUGUAAUGUUUCUUAUAAUUCUACUGACCGCAUCAAAACCACAACUCUGUUGGGCACAGCAAAGGUGAAGGUAUGUGACAAAAAUAAUCGCACUCAUUUAGUGAGAUGUUUAAUAGACCCCGCUUCGCAUAAAGAUUAUAUUACAAUAGAUUGCUGUAAAAAUCUUUCAUUACCAAUAAAUAAUCUAAAAAAUAUUGUUAAGGUACAAGGAAUAGGUGAAACAUCCCAAAAUAUAUUAGGCAUAUCGGAGAUUAAAUUUAAAUCUCGUUUCAAUGACGAAAAGGAGUACAUUAUUCGACCAUUAGUUGUCAAUAAAAUAACUUCUAAAUUACCAAAUUCACGUGUAGAUUUAACUUCAAUUCAUGAUCUAAUUAAAGAUAUACCUUUAGCUGAUGAUGAUUUCUCUGAGCCUGGACCUAUUGAAAUAUUAUUGGGUGUGAACAUGUACUGUAAAUUAGCAAAAACUAAUAAAAUAAGUAAUAAAAGAAAUAUGCCUUCAGCUUUUGAAACUGCGCUAGGCUUCGUUAUUAUGGGCGAAGCUCCAAUGGUUUCUAAACCUCUAAAUAAUCCCGCACAGUGUUUUCUUACUACAGACUGUUUAGAUAAACUUCAAGAAGGACCUUGGCCAAUAAAAGAGCCUCCUUCACGUAAAUAUUUAAGUCCUGACAAACAAAAAUUUAAGGACAAAAAUACCGUAUCCGUAGUCAAAAGAGAAAUCUGCAAGGAUGAGUUAGCCUUUUCUACGUCAUCCUUGAAUGAAACGGUAAAAAUAACUCACGAGUUUCUAAAAACCCACAACCAAGUUAAAAAUAUUGGUCUCCAUCGGCUAUCCGCAUUUAAUAAUUUUAAAUUUAAGGUUGACAAACCGAAAAAAGUUUGCUCAAAACGAGCUAAUCUUUCGAAUACCGCGCGUUUUUUUGACAUUUAGACCUUACUUGACUUGUUAUUAUAUCCGCUAAGUCAAUUAUAAAGAAAUUGAACCAUAGAUUUAUCAUUUAGUAUUUAUAAUAAUCGUUAUUAAUUAAAAAACCUGUAAUUAAUUAAAGUCAAUUUUAAAACCGCAAUGCACGUUUUUUCAAAUUUGAGAAACGAAUCCUAUUAACUUACAUUAACUUUAAUGUAAUAAGUUAAAAUUACUUUAAAAUAAGAUAUGAUUUUUCCGCGUGCGAUUACCCUUAAAAUCUGUCACAAUAGUUACAGUUUACUAAUCGCACAGUUAGUCUGUCUAAGUCAAAAAACCCACAGUGUACUAAUCGUACAGUUGGUAAUUUUACUUUUUUGUACUUCUUCAUAAUAAGGAAGUAUCUUCCGCAGAUAGAAAAACUAACUUUAAAUCAUUUCAAUUCGCAAAAUAAAUAUUUAAUAUUUAUAAGACAUUCAUUUAAAUGUUCGUAUUCCCGCAUCACGUUUAUAUUUUGCUGAUUUAGACAAUUAUAUUUGUCUUUCUUAUUAUAACCGCAUCGCAAAUUAUAAACUUUGCCAACUUAAGUAAAAAUAAAUUUAUCUAUUUAUGUAUUUCUAAGCCGCGUUUAUAUUUGCUAAGGUUGGCAAAUAUAUUUUCUUACAUUUAUUUAACCGCAUUUAUUUAAUCGCAUUUAAUUUACCCGCAUUUAUCAAAGGUACUCUUGAAGUUACUCGAGUGAACCUUGAUUCCCGCUUGAACGCCGCUAGGCUCCCGCACGCUGUACCUAAGGGACAGUGAUUAUGUGAUCAGUAAUGGUCUAUUAGUUUCUGAGAGAAUAUCGUCGACUUCAGCUUCUUCUGCCUCAUUUCUUAGCGAUUCAGUAAAGAUAGCUUGUUUAGUUGAUACGUUUGUUUAAUACCAAGUCUGUUGUAGUAAAAUGAACUUGCAAUUCGAAAGAAUUACUCGAACAGAUUUUUCGAAGUUAGACAACUAAUAAUUAAAUUGUCCAUAUAUAAUCACAUACUCAGGUACAUAAUUGAGUAGUGUUGAGACUUUAAGUAAUAGAACAAAUACCUAUGUUUCAAUCUAUUUUAGUCUAAAAUAUUUACAGUUUUUGUGUUAGAAUUUUCAUUUCUUUCAACAACAUUUAAAGUUUAAUUUAACUCUAGAAGUGAUAAUUUAACUAGUUAGUCUUGUAGUAAAAGUUUUAUUCGAUUGCCUGGUUCACUCAUUCUGAAAGAGACUAAAUAAUUAUCUCCACACCUUACAAGUGCGUUAAGAUAGAAUGAUAACUGGUAAUAUUAUUACUGUACUGUUAUUAUUAUAUUGGUAAUGGUAGAAUUCCGCGCAUCCUAUGAUAGCUCGUUAUAGUUAUCUCUUAGUUAUUACUCACUUAAUAGUUAAAAUCACAUACAUAAUUUACAUAAUAUAUUUUAUUUACUUAUUUAUAAUAAUAUUAUUAUAUUCCCGCACACACAAUACGAUGUUUUAGUUUUAAAUAAGUAUAAUAAAAAGUUUAUGAAGCAGAGACUUCAUGCCGAGGGGUAUGGUACGUUUAAUUGUACAAUUAAAAAUUAAUAUACAUAAAAUAUCUUAUAUAAUUAUUAUAAUAAUGAUAAUAAACAACAUCUAGGAAGAUGGUAUAUCAAAUUAAUCGCGCAUAUAAUGGAACGUAAACGUAACCUUCCCUUCCCGCACUCCUCUCUUCCCCGCACCUAUCAAUCUUUCAUUAUUUCCUCGUCCUGUGACCAAUCAAGACAAGAAAAAUCAAGAACGCUUAAAACUAUUCGUUUUCUUUUGGUGUGCUCAAAGUGUCAGUGACAAUAAACAGCUGAUCAUCAAUUCAUCAAGUUAAUUAUCAUCAAGUUGAUCAAUAAAACCGCUAGGAAUAUGAGAGCGUAACGUGGAGAACGAAGAAGAAAGAAAAUAGAAGCCAUUAAAGCCGCUGAGUGAAGUUAAUCUGCGGCUGCUCCCGCGGAGGCGACGAGCGCUCGUGCACCGGUAGGGGCUGGCCCAGCACCGUGCUGAGUCGCACCCAGUCGUCUGACGUGCUGUAGUCGGCGUGCGCUAUAUCUAGUGCUAGAAGGAGAAUUUAAUUCAUUUUAUGAACAGCUUAUUACGGCCUAUUACAUAGCAUUUUUUAUUUACUGCUUGAUAGGUUUUUUC